AUGUCAAAGUAUUCGACUUCAGCACCAACAGGUUCUGCCUCUAUACUUACAUCAGACAGCGAAUAUGACGAUUAUACUGAAAAUUUAGAACUCCCUUCAUCUCCGAUGGGUGAAAAGGCAAAUGCAGUAACUUCAGAAACUUUUACAAUAAACCCACCCCAAACUCCUCCGCUACCCGAACCUCCUACACAAUCUCUUAAUGCUUAUACAUCACAAAACAUUUCUACAAGAAAUUCAAAGCAAACUUUUUUUUCUCUAUUUAAAAAGAAAGAAUUUAUGCCUACAAAUCGACCAAUGUCCGCACCACCCCAACAACGAGUGGUUCCUGCAACGGUAUCAUCAUAUAAUAACAAAAACACAACAGAAGAAAUAAUAACAGAAAGUAACAACCAUUUUGCUACUGACCAUAAUGUAUCACAGUCUGUUAUUGGUAGUGUCAGUGUGCCUAACCUUAUUGCAUCAAAUACUGGUACGUCAUUAGAAGCAGAGUAUGAUGCAUUAAUGAAACAGAAGCUGGCAAGUGGGUUUGUUGUCAAUUGUCCCGAUGGUCCAUACGGUUUGGGAAGUGGUAUUGCUGGUGGAAAACCUUUAAACAAUCAUUCCAAAAAAUCUGGUAAAAGAAAAGAUAGUUUAGUUUCUAUUGACAAAAACGACGAUAAAGGAUUUAAAAAUACGAUGAAGAAUACUAUGCGUAAGACUUCGACUUUUUUCAAAAAACUAAGCAAUAAGCCAAAUGGCGAUAAUCCAUCACAACAAAGUGGUCGACUACCUCUUCCCGACUUUCAAGAUAUUUCCAAUUCACAGAGUUCAUCCUCAGAUUUAUUUCAAAAUCCAACUUCAUCCGCAAAAAAUUCUACCGAACACCCAAACACAGAACUCUAUCUCGACACAAACGAUGAUACAACAUUGUCAGAAAAUGAUUAUGAUAAUGGUCCUGAUGACGAACAAGAGUUUAUACAACGUACUUUCAAAGAUUUCGCUUCAGUCUAUGUUAAUUUACAAUCUAAUGGUGAGAAUCGCCAACGGGCUGGAAUAUAUCGCAUGCCUCUACAAGGUGCAAAUAAAAGUGUUCCCGAUAACAUUGGGAGAACCUACGAAUGGAAUGGAAAUACUGAAAAUAAUACAAAUGAAAAUGUACAGCUUAUAUAUAAGGAUUCUAAACUAGAAUUUGCAGAUACAAAAUUUAUGAUGAGUGAAAAGAAAGCACAAGUACCGGAAGAAAUAUCAGCUGGUUUAGAACAAGUUGAAGAAGUUGUUUCUGAAGAUAUUUAUACAAAGCAAAAUUCAGGAAUUAAAUUUAUUACAAAAGUUAAUCCAAACAUAUUAAAAUCAAAUGAAGAAUUAACACAUUCAUCAUGUAAAGAGGAGGUGAUUACUUCUGAUCAACGAUCAUUAAAUGUUAAUGCGGAUCAAAAAGGGUUAGCAAUGAAACCAAAGAUGGGUGUUGAAUCAAAUAUAGAUUCAGGUCUCAGUCCUUGCACAAUACCCAAAAGACCGGAUAAAAAAUUACCUGAUGUUCCGAAAAUAAUCCCAAUAUCUGAGUCUAAUGUAUCUUCUUCACCGCGUAUGCGUCAAACUUCCAGCAUUGCAAGUUAUGAAACUGCUAGUGGCUCAACUUCGACUCUUCAUACCGCACCACAUUCUCCAAUAACUGAUAUCUUUAUAGAAACUAACAAUGUAACUGACGGAACACCUAAAAUACAAGUAGAUGAUGAUCUUGUACUUGCUGAAAAUUCUAUAGACAGAGAUUUUGAUGAUUUUCCACCAAAUGUUCCUGAAAAGGAUGAGGAUGAAAUCUUAUGGGCAGAAGCAAGAAUCGCUGCUAAAAGAUGUUUUGAUGAAGACGAGACUUUCAUAAAGAAGGAGUCGAUAACAGAAUUUUUAGGUGGACAGGCAUUAAAAUUCUAUAUGGGUUAUUUUGAUUUUUCAAAUUUAAGAUUAGAUGUAGCUUUUCGAGGAUUAUGCGAAAAGUUGUAUAUAAAAGGUGAAACGCAACAAGUAGAUCGUAUACUUGAAUCUUUUUCAAUAAAAUACUGGGAAUGCAAUCCAAAGACUAUUUAUGGAAGUGCUGACAUAGUUCACGCAGUCGCAUAUUCUAUCCUGCUGCUCAAUACCGACCUUCAUGUUGCUCAAGUGACAAGUAAAAUGUCACGUUCACAAUUCGUUCGGAAUACUAUCGCAGCUAUACAUCAUGCUCAAGCCUGUACGGCUGCACAAAAUUCUAACGAAGACGAUCAAAGUACGAUAACAUCUGAGACAACUGUAACAUCAUCUACAACACGUCCACGACGCAGCGGAAGCAUAAAAAGUUGGCGCAGUAAUCCAAAUUCGAACUUAACCAACACGUCAUUUAUCUUAGGACGUCACUGGGAUUCAGAAGUUGAAGUUCUUUUGAAGGAAAUGUAUUCGGCAAUAAAAUCAAAUCAGAUUUUACAGCCGCUUACGUCUUCAUUGGAUAAAGUUAAUCCUUCCGUUGAGCAAUCAAAUUCACUGACGCCAGGACUUCACCGAAGCAUGAGUCACUGGGUUCAUCCAAACUCAAGAAUAAAUGCGCUCAAGAAAGGUAGGUCUGCAGGAAACGUAAAAGGUCGUAAAAAUAUUAACGGAAGAAUUUCUCCAAGUCCAAGUGUUGUUAGUGGAGGUAGUGAUUCAAGUAUCGGGCUUGAUAGCUUAAAUCGAUCAGGCAGCUCGCAAACUCUUUCAACAACAUUAUCAUCGUUUUCAUUACGCCAUGCUUCAUCAUCCGAAACAGGGUUUAAUUCCACAAUACCUGAAAUGGUUGAUGAACAUGAUCCAGAUGAUUAUGACGGAGAUUCUAUCGCAGAUUCAAUUUCAACAACAGAAUCUUUGGAAUUAUAUUUAUCCGGUGCACCUUAUGCUAAAGAAGGAUUGUUGUCUAGAAAACAUUAUUGGGAAGCAACCAGCAAGAGAGCAAAGGAUAAGGGUUGGAAAGAAUGUUUCGUUGUUAUUGAGAAGGGUGAUAUUAAGAUGUAUAAAUUUGAAAAUAGUUCUUCUCAUAGUUCUAUUGGAAUGGGUGCUAUUGGUGGCGGUAAUUGGAUGGCGAAUGCUACUUUGAUGGGCGAAGUUAAUCUUCGUCAUACAAUUACAAAUGCAUUACCACCACCUGGUUAUAACCGUUCUCGUCCACACGUAUUUGCGCUUUCUAUGUCGAAUGGGGGACUUUACUUUUUCCAAGCAGGAACAGCUGAACUUGUGGAUGAAUGGGUUACUACAUGUAAUUAUUGGGCAUCACGUAUGAGUAAAGAACCUUUAACAGGCGGUGUGAGCAGCAUGGAAUAUGGCUGGGGUAGAUGUUUAGAACCUAUCCUAGAUGGUGGAGAGGAUUGGGAAGAUGGCAGAAGUAUCAUGAGUGAUGGUCGUAGUGUAAUGAGUAGCAAUUCCACUUAUACGAGUGAUCGUAUUGUUGUUAGCGAGUGGAAAAUACCAUUACCACCAACAGUUUCCAGUAAUUUUGAUGAAGAUACACAACUGGCAGCCCUAAAAAAGUAUAGAAUUGAUCUUGAGAAUGAAUUGGAAGAACACAAAAAUUUUUGGGAACCUAUGACAAAAUUGUUUCAUCCCAAAUCAUCAAAUUAUUCCAAAGCAUUUUCGAAUUGGGAAAAAAAAUCUCAAUGGUUAUUAUAUGAAAUUGUUAAAUAUACGACAUAUAUUGAAUGUAUAAAUAAUUCAAUUAAACUUCCAAUAAAUGCAAAUGAAGAAAAAAAAGAGGAGGAAAAAAGAGCAGAAUUGAGAGCAAAGGCAAGGCAAUCAAUAAAAUUGCUUCAUAGAGCUACAUGGACACCAGGAGAUGGAUUCAGUUUAAAUUUACCUAAAGAAUUAUUGUUUGGUGAAGCUUUAAGUGAUUUAGAUGAUGAAGAAGAUAACAAUAAACAUGAUGAAAAUGUUGUAUCAGAAAAUACUUUAAAAAAAUUAAAUGGUAAAAUGAAAUCUUCUACAUAUCCUCCAUUACAUGAUAACAAAAAAGUUAUUAUUGAAGAAGAAACAAAAAAUUGGAAAUUUUAA